CGUGCCCGCUGCUAACUGCUGCGGUAGGCUUUCGGUCGAUCCAGAAGCGGCGGGCUUUCCCCGGAUGGUUGCAGCAGAGGGAUCAUGACGGGGAAGAAGUCUUCCCGGGAGAAGCGGCGCAAACGAAGCGGUCAGGAGGCGGCGGCGGCGCCCGCGGCGCCGGACCCGGUUCCCGCCGUCGCCAGCGGCGGCAGUGGAAGCACCAGCGGUUGCGGGAGCGCCAGCGGCUGCGGGAGCGUCACCUGCUGUGGGAACACCAGCUUGAGUGGAAGUGUCACUGGCGGUGGGAGCGGCGGCAGCUGCUGGGGUGGGAACAGCGUGGAGCGCGGUGAGCGCCGUAAGCGGAGGAGCACUGACUCAUCUGCCAGCGUCUCCGGCUCCUUGCAGCAGGAAGCAAAAUAUCUUUUGCCAACUCUGGAAAAAGAGUUAUUCUUGGCAGAGCACAGUGACCUUGAAGAAGGUGGAUUAGAUCUGACUGUGGCAUUAAAACCAGUUAGUUUCUAUAUAUCAGACAAAAAAGAAAUGCUUCAGCAGUGUUUCUGUAUCAUAGGAGAGAAGAAGUUACAGAAGAUGCUUCCUGAUGUGUUAAAGAACUGUUCAAUAGAAGAAAUUAAAAAACUGUGCCAGGAACAGUUAGAGCUCCUGUCUGAAAAAAAAAUCUUGAAGAUUCUUGAGGGUGACAAUGGUAUGGACUCUGAUAUGGAAGAAGAGGCAGAUGAUGGCUCUAAGAUGGGAUCUGAUUUAGUUAGUCAACAAGACAUCUGUAUAGAUUCUACUUCAUCCCUGAGAGAGAACAAGCAACCUGAAGGUUUGGAAUUAAAACAAGGCAAAGGGGAAGAUAGUGAUGUACUCAGUAUAAAUGCAGAUGCUUAUGACAGCGACAUAGAAGGCCCAUGCAAUGAAGAAGCAGCUGCUCCUGAGGUCUCAGAAAAUACAGUCCAAAGUGAAGCUGGUCAGAUAGAUGACCUGGAGAAAGACAUUGAGAAAAGUGUGAAUGAGAUUCUGGGACUGGCAGAGUCUAGCCCAAAGGAACCGAAAGCCGCCACCCUGACUGUUCCUCCACCAGAAGAUGUUCAGCCUUCUGCACAGCAGCUGGAGCUGCUAGAACUUGAGAUGAGGGCAAGAGCUAUUAAAGCCCUAAUGAAAGCUGGUGAUGUAAAAAAGCCAGCCUAGUUUAUUUAAAUUGUAUCUGAAUAUUAGAUGUAUUUGAACAAAGCCACAUCAUAUAAUUUUGUAUCUAAAGUUUAUUUGGGGUCUUACAUGAUAUUUCUCAUGUAACUCUUAUUAGAUAAACUCAUUUUAGGCCUAAAAUACAUGUUUUUGUUGUUGUUACUUUUGUAUUAUAUAUGUUAUUGUUUUCUGAAUUCAUGGCAAAUAUCAUUGGGUAACCUGGAUACUUUGUUAGAUGAGUAUUUAGCUAUAUCUGCAAAUUAAUAUCUGAAAAGCCAUUAGCAAAAAGAAUAAUGGUAUUUUUUUUAUUUUGAAAUGUUUUGGCAUCAAACCAAAAAGUUUAUGAAAGAUUGACCAAGCAUGUUGCCUUUAGGCUACCUGUAUUUUGUGAUAGAAUAUUAAAUUAUUGCUCCUAGGUUUGUUAACAAUUUAAGAAAUUUAGUUAUGCUUAUAUGCACUUUUAAAAUAUGUACUGCAUUGAAGAUGCCUUCUAUGGGUGUGGACUUGUUAGUAAAAACUGAGUGACAUUUUUGUUACAAGACUUAGAGAUCCAAAAUGGCUGAGGAAAGCUUUCUUUAUAAAAGAAAAAAAGGACUUAAUUUAAAGCAUUUUUUAACAAUGUAGAAGUAAUUGCCCAACUUUAAUUCCAGCAGACACGUUAUUCUAACAGGUAUUUGAUAUUACUGGACGCUUAGUUCAAUUUUUUUCCUUCAAUAAAAAGGGAACACAUUUUAAUUUACAUUCCAAGCUGUUAGGAAAAGGAGACUAUUUUAUUGUACAGGCUUUCAUCUGAUGCUUUUGCUUGAAGAUCUGAUAUGCUAUAAUUAAAAUAAUUAAUUUUAAAUUAAUGAAUUAAAAAUAAUAAAGACUAUCAUUCUGGAUCUGAGGACUUUUGAUACAUUUCCAAAAAUGAAAUUAAUUUCAGGAAGCUUUGAUAAGUUGAUGUAAUAAUUAAUCUAAUUUUGUAUAGUUUUUGUAAAUAAAUUAAUAUCCUGCCACAAUUAUGGAUGCUUGCCCCAUCACUAAUUGUAGUUGUUUGAUACCAAAAUAAAUUUAGGCGGAGACUCUUAAAAUAAAU